AUGAAUGUUGAGAAUUGCACAGGACAUGUUCUCAUAAAGCACGAGGCAUAUGUUCACAUGUACUAUGUGUUCAUAUAUACCAUAUAUGUGCAUAAAUUUUACGUGAUUUCGUACAAUUUAGUAAAAUCCGGCGACAAGCUUGGGCCGGUUCAUACGUAUUUCAUCAUCUCAUCAGAGAAUCUUCAUGAUCAGCUAAUCGUCGUCGACACGGGAGCUCUCGGUGUGAGCUCUUGUCGGGCUGUCGGAAUUGGCGGGCGGAGGCGGCAGCGGGACAGUCGACGACGACGACAUGACCGACGGGGCUUGUUGCGGUGGUCGGCUUUGUGA